AUGGUAUCAAGAAAGUCUCUGAAUGUUGGGGUCCUGGGACAUGUAGACUGUGGAAAAACUACUUUAGCUAAGGCUUUGUCGACUAUGGGCUCAACAGCUGCAUUUGACAAACAUGCUAGUGCAUCUAAUCUUAGAGCUAAUACCAUUGAUCUUGGUUAUUCGACAUUUUCAAUUGAUGACACUGUAAUCGCCUUAAUUGAUUGUCCUGGACAUGGAUCUUUAAUCAAAUCGGUGCUUGCAGCUUCAUCAGUCUUUGACUUGGGAAUUGUUGUUAUAAACGGUAGUAAAGGAAUUGAGCAGCAAACUGCAGAACAUCUUCUCCUUGUCUCGUUAUUAUGUCCGGAUCAUGUUAUAAUGGUUAUUAACAAGGUUGAUCUGAUAACAAAGGAAAUUUUGGAAAAAUUAACAAAGCAUUGCAAGAAGGUGGCAAAUAUUUUGAUGAUUACCUCUAAUUUGCAAAUCGUUCCAGUAUCUUUGAUAGAAAAUAAACAAGAAUCUGUGCAAGCAGUAUUAAGAGCUUUACGUUCAGCUCUUUAUACGCCUCAGCGAGUUUCUUCGGGUCAUUUUAUGAUGUUUGUUGAUCAUUGCUUCCCGGUUAAAGGUAAAGGCACCGUGAUGACAGGCACUGUUGUCGAUGGGAUGUGCAAAGUUGGAAUGGAUGUAGAAAUAGCAGCUUUGCGUGAAAAACGUAAAAUUAAAAGUAUGCAACGUUGGAAAGAAGAUGUAUGCAGCGCAACAAUAGGAGAUCGAGCAGCUCUUUUAUUUCAAAAUAUUCCAAGCAAAAAUAUCGAUCGUACAGUUAUAUUUGAACCAGAAUGGUUACGUCCUGUACAGUUUUUGUUAAUUGAUGUGAAUCGUUUUGUGUAUUUUCAAGGAAAUUUACAUCAGUGUUCAAAAUUACAUAUUUCAACUGGCUUCUAUACUGUUAUGGGACGAUGUCAGUUUUUAGCACCACCGGUUUCUCAAGAAAAAAAUGAUUAUGAAAUCGUGCCAGAACUAGAUGAAAAUGUAAAGUUCGCUAUUCUUAGUUUAGAAGGAUCUAUAUACGUCAAAGAAGGUAGCUUUUAUAUCGCUUCCAAAUUAGAUCAUCAGGGUAAAGGUUGUAGAUUUGUUUUCUAUGGAAAAUUUUUAAAAUUACUUAAUGAUGAUAAGGAAAUACGGCAGUACCGACGAAAGCAGAAAGUUGGACAGAUUGAACGAGUGGAAAAUAAACGGAGCGUGAUUUGUAGUGGCCUUUUUAAAAAAGAAGCGAAGAUUGAUAUUUAUUUGAAUAUGGAUGUAUAUCUUUCAACAGGAGAAGUAGGUUGCUUAGAAUCUCCCUUUGGUAAGAAAGGAAAAGUUCGCGUAACAUUCGCAGAAGACUUGUUGGAAAGUACGUUAAAUGCAUUUGAAAAGGGUUGCAAUGUACAAUUGAAUGCUGUGCGCCAUUUCCAUUUAUAUUUGGCUGCGGCUCGACGGAUUUCACUAUUCUGGAAUUUGUCAAAUCAUAAAAGUGGGUAUUGUUCAUACUUAAGCGGUGAAUCAAAUAAUUCAGUAAAAAUGAAUUCACAUCAGAAAGCAAGAAGUAAUCAUCUAAGAAGAUCAGCAGAGAUAGUAGUUGGAGCAUGCAGAGAUUCAGUUGAUGAAAACAUUGUCAGACCGAAAAAAGGCUAUAUAGAAAUUAGAAAAAAUCCAAGAAAUAUAGAAACUCGGAAAACGCUGUCUGAGAUGCAGGAGAAGGUGGAGCAGUUAGCUAAGAUUGUACACAAAUUGAGAGUAAAUGAGAAGGAGAAAGAAGAAGAUGUCAAACUCGAUGCCAAAAAAGUUGAGGACUUUGAUGAAGAAAUUAGACUUAGCGCGGAUGUAAACUGUCCUGUUGAGAGAAUGUCAUUCACCGUUCGUACGCCUGAUCGCCGUUUGCUGCUAAAAGUAUUCAUAGGCAAUACCAACUCAAGAACUAUUUUGGAGAUGUUACGAGGGCGAAAAGUCCGUAUCAAUGAAGUUGUCAUUUACGACUUUGCAAUUGUUUGCAAACCAAUGGAUACAUUUGAUAUCUGGAAAGGAGAAUUGGAGGAAAACCCAGCAUUUGCUCGAGUAGAUCGUUUUCAAAUACUUCGGAUGAUAUUAUCACCUUGUUGUCAAUAUUAUACUAUACAUGCUAUAGCUUUGAGAGACUUUUUGGUGGAAAACUGGUUCCCAUGGGAAAUUUCCAAGAAUUCACAAAAUACAUGA